GUUUGCGUGCUUUUCUUUGUUCUGUUUUGAUAUAAAUAAAAUCGUUGUGUGCCGUAUUUCGUGAAUUUAGCUCGUAUACUAUCCUUUGCUACGAGUGUUUCUUUUGUAGUAUUCCAAUUAUUGUUGAGAUAAAAAUUGUGAAUUUGAUCAGUUUGCUUAUCAAUCUAAAUACAAUGAAAUUUCCGUGGUCUCACUCGACGCUGGUUGAAGUGCUCAAGAAUGACUCCAAGUUGCAUCAUAUGUGCGAUAAACUUUGUGAAGAGCUUACUGGCAAAAAACUAGACAUCUCAGUGUUUGUCGAAGAACUGGGCCCGGCGUUGACCCACGAAGACCCCGUUAUCAGAAUGAAAGCAACUCAGUUGCUUUCUAUGGUUCUUAAAAAUCUUCCCUCCGACUUGUUGUCCGAAACACAGAUGGAGCUUUUCACCACAUUCUACUGUGACCGGGUAAAAGACCACCAUUCGGUAAUUCCAGCUAUUUUGGAAGGGGUAUUGGCACUUGCCUCUAUGAAGCACUUCCCACGUGGUUCGGCCGCUAAACUUUCCCGUUCUUUGUUUAUGAACAUUCCUUGUCAGAGCCAAGCGAAGGAUGAACGUGCCAAAUACUUCCGCUUUCUGAGCAUCCUGGCGGAAAACAACCAGGAUGAGCUGAAGGCUCUGGGUGCCGACUUUGUCUACGGCAUUAUCGGGGCUAUCGAUGGGGAACGAGAUCCGCGAAAUUUAAUUUUUCUGUUUGAGUACAUGCCAACAUUUUUGCAGCAGUACCCUCUGCUGCAUCUGGGGGAGGAAAUGUUUGAAAUAUUUGCCUGUUACUUUCCGAUUGACUUUCAUCCGAACCAAAAUGACCCCGAGGCUAUAACGCGCGACAUGCUGGCAGAAAAGCUGGAAAACUGUUUAUGCGGAUCGAAAAAGUUCGCCGAAUAUUGUAUACCUUUGCUGUUGGAGAAAUUGGAAAGUGAGUUGAUUGUGGCCAAGAUGGAUUCGUUACGAUUGCUGAAAAAAUGUUGUCGAGCGUUUGACUUGACGGAUAUAAACAAACACUUGGACGAUAUUUGGAAUGCUUUGAAAUUGGAGCUGAUGCCAGGGGGUGGCAACAAGGAGAUAUUCGAACUGGCGUUGGAAACAACGACUCAAGUCGUCAAAUUUACACAAAGUGAUCGACUAGUGGGCGACAAUUUUUUAACCACCAUUUUUAUGACUGUAAUGGGUAGUGUUGCGGACGUGGCUUCUAAAAUGUUUGAAAACGGGAUCAAAGUUGCACUGGCCUGUGCGAGAGGAUCACCCGAGUCAGCUCAUUUUGUGGCUAAUAAGCUUCUGCCUAUGACAUUAUCCCAAUUGAAGGGGGACGCCAUCGCGGAACAGGAAAAAAUAUCUCUGAUAGACGUGCUAAAUCGGACGUUGUUGAUUUGCAAGGAACAUGACAUCUUGAAAGAAAUGGAUCAGCAGCUGGUUGGGGCUGUGCAAAAGCAGUUUGUUCAAAUUCUCGUUCAGGAAAGUGACGCAAGCGAAUUGAAGAGGAUUGCCUUGUCUUGUAUAACCCGGAUACCGGAAACCGUCGUGGAUGAAAACCGUUUUGUUGUCUACACCACCAUUAUUCACGUGUUGUUAUCUUCUAGUGACGAACGAUUAAACGUGGAAGAUUGUUUGUUUCAGUUCGCAAUGCAGUAUGGAGUGGAGGUGGAAAACGUCAUUGUAGACAAACUGGUCGCCAAGAAGUACGAAGUUGUGUCUUCAUCCACGGAGCGGGUCUUCCAUGCGCUAGCCAAGUUGAUCCCUCUUGAAUGCAUAAGAGCAAAGAUUCUGAAAUUCUUUUUAGAUCUUGUGUUUGAGGAUGGCGAUCAUGAUGCUCUCACAAUUUUGGCGCUAAGAAAUUUGCAAUUAGUGCUGGAAUCGUCAGGAGGCAAAACUGUAGCUGAAGAGCUUUGUGACCAAUACAAAUUUAUCGAACAAUGUGUUGCUUUUGUGCACAAAGAAGGAGCGUCACACUCUUCCGAUUUCCUAUUUGCCCUGUCCAAUGCAAUGAAAGACACAAUGAAAUUAUUGCCAGCUGAUAAGCAGAAAUCUAUAGUCACACAACAAUUACCGUCGAUGGAUCUUACCAAGGCUAAUGACCUCUAUCUGACAUCCGGAAUUCUUGGUUAUCUGGACGAAUCGGUGUCGGUUGAGGAUCAUUUUGAGAGCCUUGUGGAUGAUCUGACUAAACUAGCUAUGAAUAGCGAAGACGAGCAUGUAAAACUUCUCAGCCAACAGUUGCUUUGUAGCCUAUUCAAUCGGAUGCCCGACGAUAACCACCAUAAGAAUAUUUUGAUCAAAUUACUAAAAAUGCUUCGUAAUGAGUUGAAAAGUCACAACAAAAAGGUUGUGGGCAUCUUAUCUUGGAUCGGAAAAGGUCUGUUGGCUCGUGGUCACCCCGAAGCCGCUGAAAUAGUGGAAGAUAUAGCGGAACUGCUAGAUCACCCAACCUUGGGUAAUACGGCCGCUCUGGCAUUUGAAAUACUAUCGGCGGAAUUUUCCCAUCUACAUUUACCUCUGGUGAAGAAACUCUUCAAGCAAAAACUGUUCGUGUUCGUGAUGAAGAAGUUGGAGCAGGUUGGCCAAAAAUACGUCGAUAAUCACCUGAAGGCCCUGUUAUACGUGUACAAGCCGACUCCUCAUCUGGUACUGAAAAUGAACAUAGAGAAGGUUGGACCGAUUCUGCUCAAAUGUUUGCAGUUAAAUGAUGACAAAGCUCUGGAGAUGGCACUGGAGAUAACGCUUCGGUUUAUAAAAGAAAAAGAAGCAUUCUUCCAGGAUCACUUGCAGUCCCUUAUUCCACAGCUGUUGAAGCUUUCGAUGUACAAAUCCUCUAUGCAAGUACGGAUAGACGCUCUUGAGUGUUUGCUGCAUGCGACGAAAUAUCCCCCCUUCCUGUUGCUGCCAUUUAAGCAAGAUGUCGUUCUUGGACUGCAAACCGCGCUGGAUGACCACAAGCGUUUAGUGAGAAAUGCGGCGGUAACCGCUCGACUUCAAUGGUAUGUGGUGGCGGAUGGUAAUAACAGUAAUUCCGGCAAGUAGUCCGUAUUUGAGGAAUGCAUUUCGUAUGUUUUAGGGACAAUAAAACAUUUCUUUUGUAAAGAUAACAUUUUAUUCCAUGUAUUAGGCAUUCAAUAAAACGUUGAAACUAACAUUAAUUAAA